CAAAAGUUUAUUCAUAUGGUUUUGUUGGGAUUUAUCGUUUAUUCUUUCUCUGUUUUGCCAACUCACCAAUUCGGUAAAUUGGAUUUUCUAGAGAUUCUUAGGGUUUAUUUUUGCUGUUUUUCUCUAAAAAGUGCUAUCCGGCUGUGGGUCGCCCUUGUUGACUUCUGUCAGGGCUAAAUUUGAUACCAGGUUUUCGACAAAAAUCAUUCCUUACAGCGAGUUACAGGUGACUAAACAUCGUGUCAGACUCCACGUCGAAGUUCCCGUUUUGAUCGAGUGUUUAAAAGAGCACGUCCUCCAGUCCCGUGAAAAUGCGGAUUUCGGAGAUCCACCAUACGGCGAAUGUUGCGUGGUCGCCAGUCAACCACACUGUAACCAUGUUGGCAUGUGGAACAUCUGCUUCUCAAGUGGAUGCCACGUUCAGCACGGCGGCCACACUGGAUAUUUUGGAAAUCGGCGUCGGUAGCGACUCACUUGAUGCUCCUGUGCGCGGCUCAAUUGCGUGCGAUCAGAGAAUCUACAAACUGGUCUGGAGUCCCAUCUCCCAGGUGGGAAGUCAAGCCUCCUCUGCAGGCGUCCUAGUGGCGGGUGUGGAGAACGGGAUUGUUGCAUAUUCCGCGGACGCAAUCUUAAAGCGGGACAGCGGCAACGCUGUCAUUAAACAGAUCAGCUGCCACACUGGCGCCGUCCACGCUCUGGAUAUUUCCCCCCUUUUGCCUAAUUUGAUGGCAAGCGGUGCAAUGGAAUCGGAAGUUCUGAUUUGGGAUUUGAAUACACUGCAAGAAGGCAUUUCUGCCGGGCCCAAAUCGUUUCCUAUUGACGAAGUAAAUGCAGUAUCGUGGAAUCGGAAAAUCAACUAUAUUUUCGCGUCUGCAUAUUCUACCCGAUGCGUGUUGUGGGAUUUGCGGAAGCACGAUUCGAUUAUAAAGCUCGGUGACCAGAAUUCUCGUGUACGAUACAAAUCUCUCGACUGGAAUCCUGAAAUAGCCACACAACUCGCAUUAGCGUCUGAAGACGACCAUACGCCUGUCGUACAGAUCUGGGAUCUGCGAAAUGCAUCCUCUGCUGUGAAAACAUUAGAAGGCCAUCAGCGUGGUAUCUUGUCCGUGGCUUGGUGCCCUCAUGAUGCUGAUCUUCUUUUGAGCACUGGAAAGGAUGGGUGCGUCUACUGCUGGGAUGUCAGUGAAGGCAGCAAAGGCGAGAUUGUGUAUUCCCUGCCACAGACCAAGCAGUGGACUUUCGAAGUGGGGUGGUGUCCGAGAAUUCCGUCCGUUUUCUCAGCUUCAUCCAGCAAUGCUGUCGGCGUUUACAGUGUUAUUGGAGGUCCAGAUGGCCACGCUGCAGCACCCGUUACACCCUCGAAGUUGGCCGAUUCUUUUCCUGGUAUGGAUUUCGGACCUCUUACGACGGGCAUGAAAGCGGACUCUGGAUUUGAGGGCAUUAAAAAAGCGCCAAAAUGGUUGCGACGACCGGGAUCUUUUGCAUUUUCUUUUGAUGGGAAAAUCAUGAAAAGUUUUAGUGACGAAAACAUCAGUAUUUUGGAGCUGGACCGCCUUACAACAUCGAGACAUAUUGUCCAACAAGGCAGUAUCCUGGAGCAAUACCUGAUGCAAAAUCAGCAUAAAGAAUAUUGUGAUGCUAAAAUUUCCAGUGUCAAAAAUCAUCAGGAACGAGAGGAAUGGAAAUUUAUCAAGUCACUGUUGGAGUCAGACCAUCGGCAGACCGUUUUGAGUUUGUUGGGCUAUGGACCCGAGAAGGAAUCGCUUUUGAAUGAUACUGAAAGUUCCAUGUCCAACGGAGAAAAACCUUCGGAUGUGAAUUUAAAAGAAUCACCCGGCUCAGAAAUCUUAAAGAAGCCAGUUGGAUCGACAUUCAAGAUUUCAACCGGGAAAGACACUAAUGGCAAAAUCACUCGCGCCCUUUUAACUGGAAAUGUACAGAAAGCUGCAUCAUUGUGCUUGGAACAUGACCGUGAAGCGGAGGCUGUUAUGCUGAGUUUAGUAGGCAGUACAUCGUUUUUGCCAGAACUUUUUUGGAACAUCCAUGAAAAAUAUUUUGCAUCUCACGGAUCGGAUCUAUCUAGUCUGGUGUAUGCACUUGUCAAAAAGGAUUCUGAAUUUCUGCUUCAGAAAGCUCGAAUCGACAGCUGGAGAGAAAUUAUAGCGGCGUUAAUUAAUUAUCUACCUAAAGAGGAGUUCCAGACGUUUGCCGAUGCACUCGGUCAGCGUUUGGAAACUGAAGUUAAUGGAUUGCUGCUUAAACAGAGUAUACUGUGCUACUUAUGUUCUGGAAACAUUGAUAAAGCCGUUGAAUUGUGGUUGCGCCAGGAACCGCUUUCUGCUGGGACUGCUGCCGAAUUGCUGCAUACCACUGCAGAAAAGGUUUUGAUCGCCAGCGGCGGCUUUAGUCUUAAUGGAACACGACCGUUUGGGCCGCAUAUUGAUAAAUUAUUUCACGAUUACGCGAACUACCUUGCUUCAGAAGGCGAAGCGGGGCUAGCCUUGCGCUUCUUGAGCAGGGAUUCAUCGAGCACGCUGCUUCCAUUAAAACACCAUUUGUAUAUGGCACUGGGCCCGAGAGCGGCUUUACGAGAGACUGGAAUGAAGCAGUCGCCUAUGUCGACCGCCAUAAUGUCGUUGCGCCGACACACUAAGAGCGGAGGCACAGUUCUCUCCAACACGGCGCCGAAUAAGUAUGGACCGGGACCGGCGGCACCGUUCGCAAGUACUGGUUACCCUACCGCAGCACCGAACUUCAUGAAUCCCUCCGUUGUCGGGGUAUCCUACACAUCGCCACCAUCAGCUAUGGGUACAAUGAAUCCUCCUGCGGGCAAUACGCACGAGCAACAGUCUGCUUGGAAUUUAUACGACCACACCCACCGCUCUGCUGUUCCCGAGCCCCCACGACCAUCCCGCCCCCAAGCUACACCGGCGCCACCGUUGUUCGCACCUGCAGCGGGAAUGCCUCCGCUUUUACCUGCUAAUUCGGGUUUGCAUUCGUUUCCAACACAGUCCUAUUUUUCCCCGAGUCAAGCGCAAAACUAUCCUGGAACCCUGCCGCAGCAAGUUCAGCCAGGGCUGGAAAACGUUCCAUUGAUGCCUUCCUACCAGCAUGUUAAAGCACCUGGUAGUUGGAACGACCCUCCCCCAUUGUUAUCUCGACGUGUGUCGCAAACACCUGCUAGCGCUGCGGUGAAUCCAAUAUUUCAGCCAUUGCCAGUAGUGCCUGGUCAGGAAGUACCACCUAUACCGCAAUAUUCGUCACAGCCUAAUGCUCCAGUACCUAUCACGGGCUAUGGCAUUAGGCCGACUACCAAUUUGAUCCACCCUCCACCGGCUGCUAUGACCACCAGUGAGACUCCUUUUAUUCCUGCUGAGCCAGAAAAGGAAGUUUCGACUGAAAAAGCUCCGAUACCUGCUGAGCAUGUGCCCAUUGCGGAUGGUUUCGCACAAUUGUGGAACAUAUCAAGAGAAAAAGCCAGUUCGAUGGGUGACGGGCACACAGUAAGAAAACUGGAUGAUGUUUACAAGAAACUGGAAUUAUUGAAUGAUUCUUUUCGAGCGGGGAAAUUAUCUUCGAAUACACUGAUGGGACUCCAUCAGAUGGUCCAGUGCAUCCAGAUGGGAGAUCUUGGACAGGCUGUAGCAGUACACGCGCAUAUAGCAACCGGUGCAUCGUUUGUGGAGAUUAGUUCUUUCAUGCCUGCCCUUAAGAUACUAUUGCAGUUGGCACAGCGCUUUAAUGCGGAUUUGUUUAUCAUGGAUUCCCAUCUGCAGCCGUCUGAACAUUCUGUCACCGGAACCUGGGUGCGUUUCGAGGAUCCGGACCGCAACAGGACGCCGGGGCUGACCGACAAUGGGGCUGUUGACGCGUCGGGUGUCCAGAUUAAUUUGCCACGACCGCCGCGAAAAUCCGAUUAUCCCCCUCCCGAUGUUGUCAAUCUCGCCACUUCCGCCUUGCCAACCGAAUCGACUUCCCGCACCGUGCAAGAACUGCAGGAUGUUAGCCGCGUACAGCAGAUUCUGGAUUUCAAUGCCGCGUCAGAUAAUAUCCACUUGUCGCCAGACACGACAAUACAAAUCGAUGAAGCUGAAAAUGGUAAAGUGCUGACCACCCUGAAGGCUACCAACGAGAAAUGGGAAUGGGUCACUCCGCCCGUUUACCACCCGGAAAUGGUUCCGCAGAAGGUCGUAAAUGUGCUGCAGAUUCCUUUGGAGGACUACGUUAUGUGUCUGGACGUUCUAGUCACCAAUUACCGCUUCCGAACCUAUGUCAUUCUGUAUAAGCGAGUCAUUGGGAUAUGGCUGUUCAUCACCCUUGUGGUUUUACUGGCUCUGCUGUUUUCUGGACUUCGCGGACUUAGCCUGUUUGUAGCCGGUUUGUUGUGGUUAAUAUUUUCCGGCCUGGGCAUGUGUCUUUGCCUAUAUGGAAAAAAGAAGAUGAAUGACGGUCUGCGAACUGUGGUUGCCAAUGCAAAUAAAUUUUUGAACAAGCAGAGGUUGAUGAUUGGAGUUGAAGACAGGGGGAAAUUGUCGAUGCAUAAGGUGGUUGUGGUUAUCUUGCAUUAUGACGUCCUUCCGUGCCUUGCCAGUAUUGCGCAUUUGCUGGAACAACUCAAACUGAGUAGACCUAGUAUUUACGAUCCGACCUACAGUCGUGAUUUUGGCGAACCUGAUGCGCUGCCCAUGGACAAAGCAGAGAAACUGAUGCUGCACUGCGUCCAACCUUAUGUGAAGGAGCUGGUUCGGAAGCGAUUAAUGUUCAGUAACACUAAAGUGGAAGAUUUCGGCUUUGAAGACGUUACCGCACGACCGGAAGUUGUCGAAGGCGUCCCGACCACACCCAAGCAUUGUCCACGCUCCUGGUGUUUGUGCCAAUAUGUCGACCACAUGUAUCUACGCCGGAAGCCACGUAAAUGGUAUCAGAAAGUCUGGAAUGAAGAUUAAUUGCCUGUACCCCACAAAUGCGUAACCGCCCACUUUUGCCAAUUUUGUGUUUUUUGACCUUAGCCAAAUAUGCCCGUCCAGAGUUGUCUUUUGAUUACAGUCGUUUUGCCCGCCAUUUGGCAAUUUGGUCCUAUCUGAUCUUUCCAGAUAUUUUAAAAACCGCAUUUGAAUGUUUGAAGUUUUAUCAAGAAUUAAUAUUGCAUUACUGUAAAACGUUUGUUUGUACUUGUGUGCGCAAAGGGAAUGAAUUUUCUUGUGAUU